CUGCACUGGAUAAGCUGUGGCUGAAUCAGAACCAGAACGUGGAUUAUUGAACGAUUAUUAUAAGUGAUUAUAUUUUCCAUUGCUGGAACAUCAUGACCUGGGAGGACAGUGAUACUUAUGCUAUGGCAGAAGAUUUAGAGAAAAAGAUGCAGUCUGCAAGUGCAGCUAUAGAAGAAGUCUUGCUGACAUCUCAGAGGACUGACUCGCUGACAGUAGGAGUCUACGAAUCUGCAAAGCUCAUGAAUGUAGAUCCAGACAGAGUGGUACUUUGUCUCUUGGCUGCAGAUCCAGAACAUGAAAAUGAUAUUGCUUUGAAGAUACACUUCACUUUAAUACAAGCUUUUUGCUGUGACAAUGACAUUAAUAUUGUGAGACUGUCUGGACUUCAGCGGCUGUCAGAGAUCAUUGGGUCAAAAACAGAAGCAAGCUCAGAGCCUCAGGACUUGCACUGCAUCCUGGUUUCGAAUCCAAAUGCAGAUUCCAGGAAGUGCUCCAGUUUGGAAGAAAUCUUCAGGUACUGUGCUGAAUGCAGACGCAGAAAUCAGUGGGUCCCCUUCAUACCACUAAUGGAACAAUGAUCAAUAUGGACUGAAUACUAAACAUUAACCCUAGUGAUGUUACCGUGACAUCAACUCAGAAUAUGAUUUGGUGAAUUUUGGCUACAGCUUCCUCCAUAUUGGCAGUGAAAGUGGCUACAAAACAAAAACCUACUGAUGACUUUGCACUUACAGAGGAUGAAGAAAAUAUUAGACUUUACUUUUUUUAUGUUUAAUUGUUUUAUUUUACGAAGGAGCAGCUGGAUCUGCACCCAAUCUAUUUUUUUUAUGAACAGAAGAAUGGCAGACCUGAUAAACGCACACUUUGUUUUAUAUUUGUUCGGAGGUUUAAAAGACCACGGAAACUCUUCCUGGACAAGACACGUUUUUGGGUAUCAAUAUAUAUCUUCCGGCUUCCUGUUGGAGACUUUGAAAAUAUAAAACCAUUAUCUGGCAUACAUGGUCUUCAGUUUUUGGUCUUAAACUGAAAUAAAAUCUACUCUCUUUAAACUACAAAGCCAGUGUGUGCCUAAAGGGCUCUGAGCUACGACAACAACCACCUGUGGAGCUGUAAUCAUUCUUGUGCAAAUGGAUGCUAAUAAAUACAUUUCUAUGUUUAACAUACUUUUAUAAUAAAUUAUUUUGUACCAAA